AUGGCGAGCAGUAGUUUAAGAUAUCAGGACAAGGUUGUAUUGAUAACUGGAGGAUCUAAGGGCCUAGGGGAAGCAGCCGUUCGAGAAUUCGUCAAGGCAGGUUCAAAAGUUGCCUUCUGCGCGAGAGGGGUUGAGGUUGGCAAAGCUCUGGAGGUGGAACUCAAUAAAGUCGGUCCCGGGGAAUGCUUCUUUAUUCAGUGUGAUGUCUUUAAGGAAGACGAUAUCAAGAGAACGGUUGAACAGACAGUGGAGAAGUAUAAGCGACUGGAUUGUCUGAUUAACAAUGCUGGUUGGCAUCCCCCUGAGAUGAAGAUCGAUGACGUCACAGCCGAACAUUUCAAGUGGCUGAAUGACCUCAAUGUCAUAAAUCCUUUCAUCUUCAGCAAGCACGCUCUUCCUCACCUCCGGAAGACCAAAGGAAACAUCAUUAACAUAUCAAGUCUGGUGGCCAAAAUUGGGCAGACUCACGCCGUGCCUUACGUCACUACGAAGGGAGCCAUCGACGCCAUGACCAGAGCUAUGGCCGUCGACGAAGCACAGUAUGAAGUGCGUGUCAACACCAUCUCUCCGGGCAAUUUUUGGACACCCCUGUGGGAUGAAUUUUCCCAGGCCUCGGCCGACACCAAGGCAUUCAUACAACGAGGAGCUGAGGCGCAGCUAAUAGGUAGAUUUGGCAAGCCGGAGGAGUCAGGCAAGAUGUGCCUGUUCAUCGCUGCCGAGGCCACCUUCUGCACCGGCCACGACUUUGUGAUGUCUGGAGGGUCAGACCUAGACUACGGUUGCAAGACGCGAGUGAAGGGACGCACCAGCAUCUUUGAGUGA